GACAUUUUAUCAUUUAUUUGUUCUCACAUUGAAAUUGACAUAUUGAUACAUUGAAUGAAUGUGAUCGAUUAUUAUUAUGUAAACAAAAGAUGCGUCCAUUAAAAUUAUGGUCAAUCUAUCAAUUCAUUUGUAGAUAUGGUCUUUAUCGAAUAAUCAAAGAAAAUAAUGUCAUUCUAUAUCUAACUGUUAUAUUCAUCAUCAUCAUUUUUUGGUACAUAACUGGCUGCCUCAUCACUUUUUUAUUGUUAUUUUCUUGUUUUAUCUAUUAUAUUUACAAUCUAUGUGAUAGAUUAUUGUAUAGUCCACACAAUCCCGAGGAUAGCCGUGUCAAUGUUCCAACGCCUAAAUCUUAUGGUCUUGAUUAUGACAACUUAUUCAUUAAUGCUCAGGAUGGGACGAAAAUUCACAUGCAAUUCAUUAAACAGCCAGUGACUGCUAGUAAUUGUGCUACAUUGAUUUAUUUACACGGAAAUGCUGGUAAUAUUGGCCACCGGUUAAUCAACGCAAUCGAAUUUUAUAAACAAUUUCAGUGUAACCUUUUGAUGGUUGAAUACCGUGGCUAUGGCCUUUCCGAAGGCCAACCUUCUGAAAGUGGCCUUUAUCAAGAUGCGUUAGCCGCGAUUCAAUUUCUAAAUAGUUGUAGACAAGUUGAUUCUUCAAAAAUUGUUCUAUUCGGUCGUUCAUUAGGAGCUGCUGUAGCGAUUGGUUUAGCAGAUCAAAUCAAUAACGAUUCUCGAAUUGCUCAUCUUCGGCCUAUGGCCAUGGUGAUCGAAAAUACUUUUACCAGCGUGCCUGAUAUUUCUCGCCAUUUAUUUGCCCAUCAUACACAUAAUAGUCCAUUGUGGUUCACCCGUUUUCUUCAAUUCGUACCGGAUUGGUUUUACAAAAGUCGUUUCAAUUCCAUUGACAAGAUUUCGCGAAUAACUGUACCGACUAUUUUCAUCUCUGGACUAUCGGACGAAUUGAUUCCACCGAAGAUGAUGAUACAAUUAUUUAAAAACUCUCCAGCCGUUUAUAAAGAAUUGCACACAUUUGAAUCUGGAACGCACAACUUCACUUGGAAAUGUCCUACUUAUUACGAAACGAUUGGCAAUUUUUUAAAAAUUGUCCACGAGAAUAAACCCAUGAUGAUGUCAAGCGGAAGCAAUAUUAAUGAAACUGCCACCGAUACUUCUUGUCUGGAUUAUCAAUGCAUUGAUUUAGAAGAAAUCGAAAAAAUGCCUUUGAUUGCUUCUCAAAAGCAAGAUAAAAAUGAUGAUGAUUCUUCUCAUAAUACGUCUAAUUUAAAUGUAAUUUAGAUUUAGAAUUCUAAGAAAAAUAGUUUUUGUUUUAUUUAAUUCACAAACCGUUUAUUGUCGUUUGACCGUACUAUUCAAAAGAUAGCGCCACUAGCAACAACUUGUGGAAUGCAAAAAAAAUCAGGAUACAAUGUCGACAUCUAGUGUUUAAUAAAACUUAUAAUUUUUAAAUUUGA